CUUUUGUUGCUCCUCGUCAAAUUGUUGUCUGACUGCGAAUCGUAGACCGAAUUCUCGGUCUUAAUUCAACAUCCCUGAAUUUUUGACAGAUAUGGGCCAGUGAUCCCUCUGUUUCUCUCGUAGCUUUUCGCAUUCAACAGAACAUCCAAAGCGUUUUGUUCACGAUUAACAACCCCGCAAACAAUGGCCUACACGAGCCAAACAGCUUUCAGUUUGCCACAAUCAAUCAGCGUUCAAUUGCAAAGCCGCCGAAAGGCAGGCCCACGAAAAUCGAGCCAAGUUCACCCGCUGCAUAUCCCUUCGACGCCAAUCCAACGACCUGCAGACUACAUGGCAAAAAGCCGAAAUCCACGAUAUGCCGAAGCUACUGCAACGAGCGCAAGCAAGAAGCGGUCAAGGCACGAAACGAACCUGAAGGAGCAAGGUCGAUCGUCGAUAGUGACGCCGCGAUCUGAGUUGGGGACAACGCAGAAGAUCUUCAGUCGAGACAAUAUCGCGGUCCGAAGUGAUUUCGCCAGCCCCGAGCCGUUCGUCAACACGCGAUACCAUUUGGCUGGCGGACUGGACACGCCAAAAAUUGCGCGAGAGAGCAAAGAAGAGGGCCAGAGCCAGGAUGACUUUGGCUUGAGAAGGAGAUGGAGAAGCACGCAUGCAGAGUCGAUACACGACCGAACCACCCCCAAUCCGCUUUACGCCAAGGCAGAAUCACAGCAGCAACAGACUUGGAGCCAAUUUAUGAUUUCAGUCGCUGGCAAGGUCUGGUCUUUUGGAACAAGUGCAUUUAAAGGAUUCUACGCUGGCGGAGGUCAGGGCUAUGCAAUGGCUACCCCAAGGCGCGAAUCGCAACCGAGUGCCAAUAGCAGAACUUGGGAGUCGAUAAACGGGGCGCCUUCUUUAUGCUUUGGGGAAGAUUCAACACCAGUUCCGGGCUCAUUUCCCUUAGAUGAUGAUGAUUUUGAGUUUGAGCAGGAGCAAAGACCGGCGAAGCGAAUGCAUCUUGAGGACACUGAGUCACCCUGGGUGUUUGUGCCGGAUCCCAAGAAACAAGAGCUGCACGGCAAAUGGACCUUCCACCGACCACCGCCGUCUCCCAUACGGUUAGCAACCAAGGGCAGACGUUCCUUCACCCCGAACUCUCGUCGCACCUCCCACUUUGUCACCUCAAACACUUCUCCCAUGUUGCAGCGGUCAGCAUCGCAUGUUCAUCGUCGGGCAUCCUCUGAUGUUGCUGUUGUACCGAAAGAAAGCCCCUUAAGUCCAGAAGCGCGAAAGUAUCUUGCUGAAAGGAAGAGAGAUGAGAAACAGCAAGACGCAAGCAUACGGCGGAUGAAUGAGCAACUGAAGGCACUGUUGAGGGAAGGUCGGCAGGCUCUUGGCACAAAAGUAGAAGUCCUAGACGAUGAUGACAUGGAUAUGGAAGACGAGGGAUAUUUUGAGGACAGGGUGUAUUGAUCUGAACUAACUUGUGCUUCGGCUGCAAGUUGUUCUCUACGUUUGAUCUCUCGUCUAUUCCACUUUUAAGCUAUUAGCGGGUUACGAACCUCACUACGUCCGCCCUUUUUGUAGGCACUUGCCUGUUUCACUGUCGUCAGUGUUGUCGCAAUAGGACCCAUAAAAUGAAGCACGAAACACAAGGCCUCUCACACGAGGCUUUCCUUCUAGUACAGCUUUAAGGUCGCUGUGGCUGCUUCAACGCGUCUAAAAUCAAUCGUUCUCUUCAUUUCCUUCGGUCUUGAUAGGCAGCGCAUCCGCUCACGAUUGAUAUUCUCAGCUUCAGCACAUCAAAAAGCACAUGCGCUACCAUGACUUUAACGCGAGCGCUUGAAAAAUGCCUGUGAAGCAUGAGCGGGAGAUUCUGUGAGGUCCUUGGCGCUCAUGUUGGUUAGACUGGAAGAGAAGCUCCCGUGAAACAAUUUUUCCACGAAUGGAACUGACAGAAGUCCUUCCUCGGACCCACCUGAAGUCAUGGUUGCAAGGUUUACAGGGUAGUCAUAAG